AUGGCAACAGUAAUAGAGAAGAUACAAUCAUUAGGACCAAACGAGAAGUUUAUUUCAUUCGAGUUCUUCCCACCAAAGACAGAUGCUGGUUUCAGGAAUUUAUUAGCCAGAUUACAUCGUAUGCUGGCCCUUAAUCCUUUAUUCAUAACUGUAACCUGGGGUGCAGGAGGUUCUACAAGUGAAAAAUCUUUAGAUUUGGCAGCCACUUGUCAAAAUGAUCUUGGAUUGACUACAGUUUUGCAUUUGACUUGUACUAAUACCAAUAGAGAAAUAAUAGACGAUGCUUUGGAAAGAGCAAAGAAGGCAGGAAUCAGAAAUAUAUUGGCCUUGAGAGGUGAUCCUCCAAGAGCUGAAGAAUAUUGGACACCAAAUUGUGAUUUCAAUGGGGCUGUGGAUUUAGUCAAGUAUAUUAGGGAACGUUAUGGAGAUUACUUCUGUAUUGGGGUAGCUGGAUAUCCUGAAGGUCAUGUUGACGGGUCUGAUUCUUCUGGACAAGAUCCAAAAAAGGAUAUUCCAUUCUUGAUUGAAAAAGUUAAAGCUGGAGCUGAUUAUAUUAUUACACAAUUAUUCUUUGAUGUUGAAAAAUUCGUGCAAUAUGAACAAUUGCUUCAAUCAUAUGAUGAAUUGAAGAAUAUUCCAUUAAUUCCAGGAUUGAUGCCAAUCACAACUUAUAAAGUUUUCACCAGAGCAAGUAGGUUAUCACAUGCAUCCAUUCCUCAGGACAUAUUAAGAAUACUUGAUCAAGUCAGUCAUGAUGAUGAUGCUGUCAAGACACUCGGUGUCCAAUUCGUAAAUGAAAUCAUCUCCAACAUUAACAACCAAAUAGGCUCGAGAAUUAAAGGGUAUCACUUUUACUGUUUGAAUUUAGAAAAAGCAGUUGUUUCUAUAGUUGAUCAAUCAGAAGUUUUGAGAUCAAUAUUAGAGGGUCCAACAACCACUACCGAUCGUGAAGAUGCAAUUGCGUCAGAUUCAGAUUCAGACAUAGACAUGAAGGAUGUUGUUAUCAGACCAAAUAGAAGAAGAUCAUCGAUAAUAAAUGAGAAUGAAAUAGCAGAGACCGCCUCUGCCUCGAAGGUAUUAAUCGGAAAGGCUCUCUUAAAGGAUAAACAAAUAUUGGUUGACAUUAGUACUGGUAAAGGUGCCUUAGGUAAGGAUGCAACAUGGGAUGACUUUCCAAAUGGUAGAUUUGGUGAUUCUAAUUCUCCAGCAUAUGGUGAAAUUGACGGAUAUGGUCCAAACUUGAAGAUUCAUACCCCUGCUGAAGCUGCUAUGAAAUGGGGUACACCUGAAACUAUUACCGACUUGACACAAGUAUUUAUAGAUUAUUUAUCUGGGAAGAUUGAUAUUCUUCCAUGGACAGAUAGUUCUUUGUCACUGGAAACUGCAUUGAUUCAAGAAGAGCUUUUCAAUUUAAAUAAGAAAGGAUGGUUCUCAUUGGCAUCACAGCCAGCUGUCAAUGGUUGUAAAUCUACUGACAGAAUUUUUGGCUGGGGUCCUAAAAACGGUAUAAUAUACCAAAAGGCAUUUGUCGAAUUAUUUAUUCCCAAAAAAGCUUGGGAACUUGAACUUAAACCCAAGUUGAAGACUUAUUUCGAUAAGAAAGUAAUGACAUAUUAUGCCGGGAAUAAAGAUGGAUCAAUUGAAUCUAAUUUAGGUAUUGGGUCUCAAGCACAUUAUACCAAGAGUGCAGUUACUUGGGGUGUAUUCCCUCUGAAAGAAGUCUUGCAGCCAACUAUCAUAGAUUAUGAAUCUUUCAAAGCAUGGAAUGAAGAGGCUUUUUCAUUAUGGGUUCAAUGGGCAAGAUGUUACAAGAUUGAUUCAAAAUCCUAUGAAUUAUUGAAUUCUGUCUAUAAUGAUUAUGUACUUAUAAGUUUGGUCCAUCAUGAGUUCCCAGACGAACAAGGUCUAUGGGAUGCAUUAUUGGAUGAAUAA